CGGAAGGCGGCUGCUGCGUGUGGGAUCCCUGAAUCGACGCUGCGAGGCCGGCUACGCGGUCAACAACCACACGCGAUAGCUCACUCAAAUCAACAACGAUUGACGCCGGAGCAGGAGAACUUCCUAGUAGAGUGGACACUGGAAGAGGACUCACGUGCACAGCCACCAUCUCAUCCCCGUGUGAGAGAGAUG